AUGGUGGAAGAAAGAGUUGAGUUCACUCUUAAUGUUUCUAAAGGCCAAUCAAGAAAGCCUACAUACUCAUUAGAUAUAUUUGAGUUAGAUGUUUCUGCUAUACUUCGAAAGCAUUCAAAUCCUCAAAGUCAGAUUAUGAAUGUAUCAACCAUGUUUAGAAAACUGAUGUUUAUAAAUUGUGAACAUUUUUUCAAAAGUAACCAAUACUUGUUAUGGUUUCAUUUACAUAGAAUCAUCUCGUCAUUCCAUUAUUUCACUUUUGAAAACCUUAGCCAGUUAACAAGAAAUUUAGUACCCCAAGUCAAAGAGUUAUUCAACAUCUCCAAUCAGUUUGUUGGACUUGAAGAACCAGUGAGUAAUGAUUAUCUAGAGAAGGUUAUUCCUGUGAUUGUAAACAUUUUUGUGGACGUGUAUCCACGUGAAGAAAGAAGAAAUCAAGAGAUGAUAGAAGAGUCUUUGCAAUUUGUCAAAAUGAUUCCGGCAUCUAAUGAAGCUAUCUUGUCUCUGAAGCCCUAUUCACUUCCUCGUAAUUGUUCCAUAUGCUUGAAGAAAUUUCAUGAUGAUUUAGAAGAAGAUGGUGAUAGUGAUGACGUGAAAGUUUCAACAAUGGCGUGUGGUCAUAUAUUUCACUAUAAUUGUAUUGUGCAGUGGCUACAAACAAGUCAUGUAUGCCCCUUGUGUCGUUAUGCUAUGCCUACUUGA